UUUUUUGAAAAGUCCGCCGAACAGCCUGUGGCCCCAGUACAGUGUGGGAGAUUGCUGUGCUCUUCGUCAAGCAAAAUGUAAAGCCAAGUUUAGUAAAGGUAGAAAGGAAAAUAUCACCAGUGAGAAGAAGAAGGUACAUGUAGUUGAAUGAAGUCAAGGCGAUUUCUGAAAUCAGCUCUUUCUGUUGCAGUGUCGCACAUGUACAAUAUCCUGAAGUAACUCCCAGCGAACAAAUAGCGAUGGAGAGAUGGUAAAUAACGCAGGAAAAUCGCUCGCUAACAAACGAGACAAUUGGUUUUCUUCUUCUACCAAGACCAAAAACCAAGACUGAGAAACGAGACUUGUAAGAAACUAAAAUGAAGUCGAACCGUGCGAGGCUGGUUGGCGAACAUGACCCUGGAGUGAUGGCAGCCAGCGGAUGAUUGGAGCCUCAACAAUGCCAUCACGUCACGACACCUGACUGAUGGCCAGGCGAUCAAAAGAAGAAUAUUUGUGGAAACUGGACUGUAAGCGCUGGGCGUUUUAAUUAUCUACAAGAAGACAUGAACCAAGCUCGAGCGUCUCAUUAAACUCUAACAUACUUCUACACGGAAACCCUGGUCGAAGGGUGUGCUGCGCUCGGCGAGGAUGAGUAGCAAUCGUGACGUGUGUGAACCACUGCCAGUCGCUCACGGCGACUUGGAGCUGGCCGUGCGCGGCUCCACCGAGCGUUUGUCGAGCGAGAGCUCGCGUUUUUCCCUACGGCACCUGCAAGCAACUCCACUCCACAGCAUAGAUUAUCACCACCGUGUGGCUCGACCGCUUCGGGCCGAUGCCAAUGAGAAAGACGGCGUGAAGCCUGUCGUCCGACAGCCCAGUUCCCAUCAGUCAGCAGCUGAGGUGCUUGACAGCAUGGCGAUCUACGAUGAUCCGUUGCCGGAACAGAUCCUCCAGCACCAGCUGGAUCAACUACUUUCGUUCUACGGCCAGGCACUGUCGGCAAACGGACACGCAAGCACACAACAGAGCAGAACCCACAGCGGUGACACUUCGGAAACGGCAAUACUGGUGCAGACUAUGCGUGGCAGUGCUGGAGUGGCAACCAUACACCAGGGCAGAAUACACGAGGACACCUCGGGAACGGCAAUACCGGUGCAGACAACGCGCGGCAGCACCGGAGUGGCAACCGCGUCGCAGAGCAGAACCCGCAGGGACACUUCGGGAACGGCAAUACCGGCACAGACAAUGCGCGGCAGUGCUGGAGCGGGGCAACGAGCGCAAGAGUCGACUGCACGCACGGCAAACAGCAGUGCAGUGUCGUUUCACCCGCCGCGCACCUCGACAGCGCUCAGCCAGUACGAUCUGGGCGUGAUGCCAGCGCAGCCACCAGCACGUGUCAGAAGUGGUAAGGGCGAAAUGUGGCAAGAGGAAAGACAAGAACUACAGCCGCAACAGCAACAGCAGCAGCAACAUAGCCAGCUGAGGAGUACACGAAAACAGCGACAAGACGAAAGUGUGCACAGACACCACCGAACACAUGCCACUGACCAUGCACAAGCAGGCUUGAUGUCAUCACACAGACAGGGGUAUUCCGCCAGGCCUCAUGAUAUACACCAUCGCAAUCACACUGAUGAUGACAUCAUACAAAGAACCCAUCACACUGCCAAUGAUGUCAUCCAAAGAACCCAUCCCACUGCUGAUGACGUCAUGCGGAGAACCAAUCGCACUGGUGAUGAUGUCAUGGGAAGAGACCUUCCCACUGGCGAUGGUGUCAUGCGACGAUCCCGUCACAGGGACCAUAACGCCAUGCUGCAAAAACGUGUGGACAGACGACUAUCAGCAACAUCGUACGUCCUGCUUCGCAAAUGCUUCGUGGCCUGGCGCGCAUACAGCCGAGUCACCAACAACGAACAGCGCCAGCAAUCGGCCAUGGAUCUCAAGUACAGAAGAGCGGUGGGUUUCCGAGAUGCCACUGUCCUGCAGCGAUGCUUUUCCGGCUGGCGCUGGCUGGUGGUGCUGUCUCACCGCCGCGCUGAGGAAUUCCAUCGCCGUUGCCUGCUGAGACGGAGCAUGGACGCGCUUGCGUGGCAUGUUUGCAGGGCGAGACUGCGCACGAGCACUGCGGACAUGUUCAGGAAGAACACACUGCAGAGGACAGCCCUGCAAAAAUGGCGCACAGCUGCCAGGUUAUCUCAGCGCCGCCGCCUCUCCGACUCAUUCGAGCAGUGGCGGAUGCUGGCCUCCCUAAAGAAGCGCGAGAAGCUGCUGUCAUGGCAACUGAGGCGCCAUCUUCUGGAGCACUCCUGGUCGCUGUGGCAAUGCCAAGCGCUCCAGCCAGAGAGAAGCAAGGUGGCGCUGGAGUUUCGCAGGACAAGCCUGCUGAGAUCGUCAUGGUCACACUGGCGUCGACGACAGCGACGUGAGUGUCAGUGUCGUCUCCUAGGCUACCAAGCACAGUUGUACUAUGAGAAGACUCUGAUGUACAAGACGUACCAGUGCUGGUCAUACCACUAUCACCAGCACAACCUUGCUAUGGAUGCUAGGCGGAAAUCCCUUCUGUCCAAGGUGUUCAUCCGGUGGUGGCAGUGGGCAUGUUUGGCUAGGCGUGCUGAUGAGGAGCGACAACGCAAGUCACAAGAAUUCCACCAGCACCAGCUUAUCUCGUCCACGUUUCUCAGUUGGCGUCAAGCUCGUUUUGAAAGAACAGCUACGAAGCACAACAGUCACACCGUGAUCAGAAAUACCUUCUCUGUUUGGCACAAGGCAGCGGGCCUAUCGCAAGCGUUGCGACGGAAAGCCGAAGAACAGCACGCCACACACCUUGUCAGUUCGUUCUUCCGUGUAUGGUUGACCCGGUGGCACGCCAGCAAUAAGGAAUACCUUAUGGCAGUCGAGCACUCGGACCGGAGAGUUCGAGUUAGUGUCCUGUCGGCAUGGCGACGGAUGUGGCUGAGCCGGCGUGAUGCAAGAGUACGUGUGGUGGUGUUCCGAACACACCGCCAAUCACAGCUACUCUCCGAAGUGUUUGCUACCUGGAGAGAUCAGACAGUGGUGCAACGACAGCGCAGGCUAGCGCAUGUCGGGUAUAGCAGUUACUGUGUGAGGAAAGCAUUCACACACUGGAGACACUGUGUGUACGUGGCACGACUCGGAGAUCUAGCUUCUGACUUUCUACAGCAACGGCACGUAUCUACAGUUCAAGCUACGUUUGUUCACUGGUACACUCUGUGCCUGCAUCGCUCCGGACAGCGAUGUCUGCGUGCCAUGCACAGCAAGUCGCUUCUCCAUGCCAGCUUCUCCCACUGGUGGAAACACUGCUUGAGCAUGAAACAGGCGGUGGCAUUGCGAAGGCAACACCAGCACAACGCAGCAAAGCGGUGCAUAUCUGCCUGGCACGCUCACUGUCGUCACAAACGCCUGCUUACAAGUCUUGUUGAGCAUGCUCAGUGGCGCAAGAAACGGGCGCUCUUUCACAAGUGGAGGGCACGCCUAUCCCUGCGUCACCAUGACAACGUGGCCAUCGCGCAGCAUCGGCGGGCGCUUACGACGUCGUCGUUCCGGCUGUGGCGCGCCUUGACAUCGCUGCAGACUCACGUGCGAGUGGUGCGUGAACGGGUCGAGCAUCGUCUGGUGGCGCAAUGCUUUGCCGAGUGGCGGCAGCGUCGUGACGACCGGCUCGCUGAGCAAAGCCGGCUAGCCGAGGCAGAGGUGCAUCGCUGGCAGUUACUGUCGACCGUGUUUGCGGAGUGGAGACAGGUGACCUCACGACUCAUGCAGCGACAUCAUCAGUCUCUAAGUACGGCAGAAUUACAUCAUCGUCUCAUUGUCGAGCAGAGGACAAUGGCGGUAUGGCGACGGCAAAGCUUGCUGGUUAAGAUGGCCAGCGAUUUUCAGCUUCGGAAGACGCAGCAUCGUUGCAAACUGAUUCUGUAUGAGUGGCACCUUGCAGCUGAGACAGCUGUUGAGAUAGCAGCACGUGCACUGCGACAGCGAAUUCAAGAUCUGGACUCCGUGCGGGGCUCUGAACACGACUUCGUUGCACAGCGUUCUCAUGGUGGACUUGUGCAGCAUGAUGUCAUUGUUGAAGGCGAUGUCGACAAUGAUGUCAUUGCAGAAAGUGAUGCCAGUCCAGUUGGUGUUGCCAAAGGUGUCGUUGAUGGUCAUACUGUUACUGAUGCCCAUGAUGGCCGCGGUGCUUAUGCUGCUACUCUUCGCACUAGCUCUGCUAUUGGUGAUCGCACUGAUGACAUCAUUGACCAAGAAGCUAGCAAGCCUAGCAUUGAUGGAGUCAUUGAUGACAUCAUUGAUCAAGAAGCUGGUGUUGAUGGAGUCAUUGAUGACAUAGUUAUCACUGCUCAAGAUCGCCCCUCCGUACUGCACACUGCCACGCGAACUCUGGCCUACUGGCGUGCACCCGAGCAGCUGAGACGGGCUUGGUUGUCAUGGAAACAGCACACAGCACACCGAAGGAGGAAGCAUCACUUAGCCGCUAUGGCAACACAGUAUGCCGCUAAACGACUACUGGUGGUGUACCUUGGACAGUGGAAGACAUCGUGGGCAGACUGCCGACGAGCUGAUCGGCAUCUGGUGACUUCACUGCUGCGGAUGGUGAUGUCUCGGUGGAAGUUAUUGCUUGCGAUUGCUGCAGAGAAUGCCAGGAAAGCCAGUGUAUUCACCGUGAGAAGUCAGGAAUCACUGCUUGCAUCGUGCUUCCAUAGUUGGCACUCCGAUUUCCUGGAUCGAUCACUGUCUCGGUCGGUCUUGCGGCGAUGGCGUAACUUUGUGACGGCUAACCGAGGCCGCCGUGAGAAGUGUGCCACAUUCUCUAGAUCUGCCGAUCAGCGAUGUCUGGCGCGCACCUGGUUGUCAUGGCAAUGUGCUGCCGCCUUUCACCAGCGUGCCGUCACACAUGUCACCGUGGCGAUGAAAUCAAGGUAUCUAACACUCUGGAAAUCUGUUACCAUGGAUACAAAGCAGCAGGAAAACACAGUGCUGGUGCAGUUUGAACACCGGCGUAUGCAGACUGUGGUUGCUGGUUGCUUUGCGGACUGGGUGAACGAGUACAGACUUCGCAGGAAGCAAGCGGAAUUAGUACUCACCAUGGAGCGGUCUCAAAGCGACCGUCUUCUACGCACGGUGUUUGCUCACUGGCAAGAUGCCACGCGAUAUGCCGAGUUAAAGGAAUACCGCAACAGACGAUUGGUUGCCGGGGCGAUGAGAAGAUGGCGGCUGGCGUUGGUCGGCAGGACACCGCACCACUGCCACAAACAAUUCUUUGAACAUCGCAACCGAACGCGUUUGCUCUCCGCCUGGGUUUCAUGGCGUCAUCAGUUGGUGCGGAAACGGGCCCUGCAAUCCGUGGAGCAGCUCAGCGAUAGACUGCUGAUGCACGAGGUACUGCAAGCAUGGAGACAGCACACAAUCUCACAACGCAAUCAGCGCUCCCUUGUCACGGACAGAGGGCAGCGGUGCGUGCAGGACACCUUCCAGAAGUGGAAACGAGUUGCUGAGACGGCUAACGUCGCCAUUGUCGUCAUGGAAACAACAGUCUCGUCAUGAGUUGUGGUGCUGUCCGGUCGUGCAGUUUAGCACUAGCGACUGAUUAGGUGUCUCGUGCUGUGUGACUUGAAAUGACUAUACCUCAGGCUAUGAAUCCACGCAUGAUUUGGAAGAGUCCUUGACAGCGUUCUCUUCAGGUACGGCAAGACAUUCGGUUUCAUCAUCUCAAGACUAUCAAUCAUGAAUUUUUUUCUUAUGCUAUAAGCAUGUACCAUAGACUUGAGGGCGUUCAUCACUGUCGUACGCCAACUUGACGGAAAUACAGAUAUUAAAUGACAUAAUUUUACUGCCAGCGAAUAAUUGGUCGUAAGCUUAUUUUCACAUCCACAUCAUGUCCUGUAUUAUUGUGUUUAGUACUAUGAUUGAAUGUCACACGAGCAAGUCUUCCCAGUCUGGGCCCUGUCGCCAUUCAUUAGUUCUAAAGAACCCAUGACGUGUACUGGCUUCUCUUCUGGUUGAGUACAUGCAUAAUCAUUAUUCUGUCCGGACAUUAUUGUGAAUUUUCGCCCGAUAACAAUUCUGGCAUUGAUGUCACACCUAG